AUGAUAGUCUUUUGGGUGCUGGUUUUAUUUUCAUGGGCGGCUGUGGUGAUAGGUGAGUCGAAGAAACCGGUAGUGGAGGAAACAGGGUUUGAUGGAAUGAAUAUAUUUGCCUUCAGUGAUAGUACGACAAUGGUGAAAGGCUGGAAAAGGGAAAUUCAACUUAGUCGGAAUGGUGGUGUUGAAUGGGAAGUCGUUCAGAAGGUGAAUGAUGACUUUCUAUCUGUGCAUAUUGAUCCAAAUUACCCUAAAUAUAGGGCAGUGGCGAUGUUAAAAGAUGGGAGUGUGUACUUAACGGAAGACCAAGGGAAGACAUGGAACAAGAUAUAUAAGUUUGAGGUUAUCGAUGAGAGGUUAUCUGAGCUUUUGAUGAUUGAUUUUAUAUCUCAUCCAGCAAAUGAAAACUAUAUGAUAUUGAAGAUGGCAUUUACUUUGCCAGGGCUGUCCCCUAUAGACUUUAAUGACUUUCGUCAUAUGUUAAAUGAUGUGCGGUACUCUCAUGUAGUUUCUGGUGAUAAGGGGAAGUCAUUUAAGUCGAUAUAUGAGUACUCUCCUGAGGUGUUGGUUCAAUGUAGGUUUAUUCGAGAAACCCGUGAAUCUCAGCAAGCGAAGGAAUCUUCGAUUAUAUGCUUAAAUUAUAUUGUGAAGUCUCAUUCAGCCAAUGUCUUUCGUACAGAUGAUUGGAAAACAAAGACUGAUGUUGGAAAGUUUGAGAACGAGCAUGUUAUUUCUGUCGCUUUAUUGGACAAAUAUAUUGCAGUAAUCACGUCUGAAGAUAAGUUUAAUGCUUAUUCCGUGAAAAACCUUUGGAUUUGUAAAGACGGUGAUAACUUUCGCAAGGCAGUCUUUCCGACUCAUAUAAGGCAUGAAGAGAUAUUAAAGGAUGCAAUGGUAAGUGGAGAGAGAAUUAUACUUAACAUACCUACGAAGAAGUUUCGACAUGGUAAGUACGGAUUAACUACUUUUAUAUCUGACACUAGUGGGUAUAAAUUUUCAAUGUUGGCUACCCACAUACAAAAUGGAUUCGAUCUGGUAGACUCCUUUCAAGUAUUGGAUCUUGAUGGUACCUUUUCUGCUAAUUUACAUUCGCGAGACGGUAGGAGUAAAAAUAUAUUGUCAUUAGACUAUGGUAAAACCUGGGAACAGAUAAAAUUCAAUGAAAAUGAAAAACGCAAAGGUUAUUUUUGUGAUAUUAAAGAUACUGAGCACUGUACUUUGCAUGUGACACCUUCUACCUCUCUCUAUGUUCAAAGAGCUUUCCACGUGGGCGGUGUUGCAGGAAUUAGAAUGGGUAUUGGCUACGUUCAUGAUUCUGUUAAAUCUAAAACAUCCAAAUGGAUGACUUUCUUAUCUAGGGACUAUGGUCUCACCUGGUCGAAAGUCUUUGACUUUCCUGUAGGCUAUGUCAUAGGUGAUUACGGUAACAUUAUUCUAGCCCUUCCAUCUGAUCCACAGGAUGAUGGUGACCCUGCUAGUGAAUUUUACUACUCUAUAGAUCAAGGUUACAAUUGGAAUGAAUAUGAAUUUGGUGAAACUUUUUCCAUUUCUCUAUUGUCUGGCGCCACUUUAGAUGUUUCUGGUUCCUAUUUUAUAUUAAAUGCUCAAUCACUAGAAAGGGGUGACAUAAAACAGUAUGCAAUUUCAUUUUCUAAUAUAUUUGGCGAUGCAGUAUGUUCAAAUUCAGACCUUGAGGAUUGGUACAUGAUGGAUGGAAGAUGUGUUAAUGGAGCUAAACAUAAGUUUAGAAGGAGGAAGCAUGACUCCAUGUGUUUGUUAAAAAGCUUCUCUCCAGAACCGAUAUACACUUUAGAACCAUGUGAAUGUACUGUAGAUGACUAUGAAUGUUCUGAUCACUUUUCCUUGGACAUUCACGGUACAUGUGUUCCCGAUUAUAACCUAUUAGCAUAUUCUGGACUGUGUCAAGGAUCUAAGGAAGUCACAUUACCUCAGUUGCAAAAGCAAGCUGGAAAUAAGUGUAAAAACCCACUGCAGCUUAAAGAAACCAAGGUUUCCUGUAUGGACAGUAUGAAAGAAAAUGCAGAUAUCCAAGUCACAGAAUUUACUUAUAAUGGAAAUUUCUUGACAUACCAAUACUUUAAUUCUCUGGAAGAUGAUUCUUUUUUAGUAGGAACGGACUUACAUGAAGUUCUUGUAUCUAAUGAUGGUGGUAUGACAAUAAAUCUAGUCGACACAUCUGGAGAGCAAAUUGUGGAGAUUGUGCUUAAUCCAUAUUCCAAUAAUGAUGCUUAUCUAUUCGGCAAAGAUAACAGUUUGUUUAUAACAGAAGAUAGAGGUCAUGGCUUCAGGACUGUUCGCCUACCAGAUUCCAAACAAUUGCAUCUUCCUCUAACCUUUCAUCCACAUGAUUCAAAAACUUUUAUCUACUAUGGAGGUCAGAAUUGCGAAGUUUUGGACAAUCCUAAAUGUCAUCCUGUAGCCUUUCUAACCAGAGAUGGAGGUGAUUCCUUUAGCGAAUUAUUAUCUGGAGCUAUCAAUUGUGAAUUUGUUGGUGCUCUCUACGAAUAUCCAGCACACAAAGAUAUGAUUAUGUGCCAGGUGAGAGAUAAAGACACGAAGCAAAAGUCGUUAGUAACAUCUAUUGAUUAUUUUACCGAUAACAAAGAUCAAGUUUUUGAUAAUAUACUCGGUAUGUUCACCACAGGUCAUUAUACGGCUAUUGCCGUAAUUCAUAGUUUGGACGAAGUUCGUUCUUAUAUCACUAUCGAUGGGAAAUCUUUUGCCGAAUCUAAGUUUCCUGCAGACUUUAAGAUGGAAAAGCAACGGGCAUAUACUAUAUUAGGCUCUCAAAUGGGUGCCAUAUUCUUACAUAUAACAACAUUUAUGGAUCAGGGGCUUCAGUUUGGAACUUUAAUGAAAACGAACUCAAAUGGAACAUUUUGUGUUGGUUUGGAAGAUUCUGUUAACAGAAAUAAAGCAGGAUUUGUCGAUUACGAAACCGUUGAGGGUCUAGAGGGUAUCCUGUUAAUUAAUGUUGUUGACAAUGCAAAUGCCAUUUUAAAAGGAAAAUCUAAAGAGAAGAAAUUGAAAUCUAAAAUUUCAUUUAAUGAUGGUUCCGAUUGGAGUUAUAUCACUCCUCCAUCCAAAAAUUCUGAUGGUAAACGUUAUCACUGUAAAAAGAAGGAUUUGAAACAUUGUUCACUCAACAUCCACGGUUAUACUGAUAGGAAAGAUAUCAGGGACACCCUUUCGUCAGGCUCUGCUUUAGGUUUCAUGGUUGCUGUAGGGAAUGUUGGUGAACAUUUGUUGCCUUACGAGGAAUGUUCUACAUUCAUUACAGAAGAUGGAGGAAUCACCUGGCAGGAAGUAAAGAAAACGCCUCAUCAUUGGGAAUAUGGUGAUCGUGGUAGUAUUGUUGUAUUAGUGCCUGAUAUUCAGGAGACAAAUACCUUGACUUAUUCAAUUGAUGGAGGCAAAACAUGGGACAAUUAUCAAUUUGCAGAACAAAAGGUAAUGGUCAAAGAUAUUGUUACUGUUCCACAGGACUCUAGUAUGAGGUUUUUAUUGAUUGCAAAGUCAAAGUCUAUUACGGGAGAAAAGACGAAGACGUAUGCUAUAUCUUUUGCUCAUAUAUUCAAGAGAGCAUGUAAUAUUGACCCGGGCAACAAAGAAAAUACUGACCUUGAAUACUUCCCGGUUUUACAUCCCGGUUCUGACUGUCUAUUUGGACACAAAGCAGAGGUUUUGAAAAAAAUAAAUCAUGACUGUUAUAUUGGAAGUCCUCCAUUGAAAGAGCGUUAUAAAAUCGUAAAGAAUUGUUCAUGUACAAGAAGUGAUUUUGAAUGCGAUUAUAACUUUUAUAAAGCUUCGGAUGGAACCUGCAAAUUAGUGAAGGGUUUCGACCCAAACGAACCUAAGGAAGUUUGUGAAAAGGAUAGAUCUUUGAUCGAAUACUUUGAGCCAACAGGAUACAGGAAGAUACCCUUUUCUACGUGUAAUGGGGGUUUAAAGCUGGAGAAGUUGAGCUCAGCCCUCCCAUGUCCAGGUAAGGAAAAGGAAUUCAAACGAAAGCAUGGUUUAGAUGGUGGAAUUGUAUUUUCGAUUUGGUCGAUGUAUUUGGUAUUCUUUUCCAUCACAUUGUGGUAUAUUUACCACCGUGGUAUCAGAAGAAACGGUGGUUUUGCUAGAUUCUCUGAAAUUCGCCUUGGUGAUGAUGAAUUGAUCGAGGAAAAUAGUAUAGACAAAGUUAUAAACAACAUUGUUAGAACUGGCGUCUUUGUUUUCUCGGCUAUAUUAACGGGGACCCAAUUAUUCAAAAGAGAACUCAGAAAUACAUUUCAAAGAGUGAGGGAAAGAAUCUCCGGGAGAAGAGGCCCAAGUUAUACAACUCUAAUCCACGACCAAUUCUUAGAUGAGGCUGAUGAUCUAUUAUCUGGCCACGAUAAUGAUGCUAGUGAUCUGGCUACUUUCAUUGAUGACGAAGGUGCAUUUGAAGUUGAUGAUGAAUUUUUGGGAUUACCUGAAACUUCACCACGUCACAGUAAUGCCGUUGAGCCUUAG